CACGGCACACUCGAUCUAUCGGCUGCCCCACCCGGUGAUGGAAACGCCGGCGGCCGCAUCUGGAGGCGGAGGAGCAGGCUACGCGGACUCCGUCGACUCGUCUCCUCGCUCACGAGGAGGUGACUCAUGGGACGACCCCCCUCUCUCGUCUGUGGCUGCCCCAGGUCGCCUCCGGCUGAUGUGCAGCUACGGCGGCCGCAUCUGCCCCCGACCCACCGACAAAUCCCUGUGCUACCUCGGCGGAGAGACCCGCAUGGUCGUGGUAGAUCGACACUCUUCUCUCUCUGAACUCUCCGCCAAGCUCUCCCGGACCCUUCUCGGCGGCCGCCCCUUUACCCUCAAAUACCAGCUACCCAACGAGGACCUAGACUCCCUCAUCUCCAUCGCCACCGACGAAGACCUCGAGAAUAUGAUCGAGGAGUACGAUCGCAUUCUCUCCGCCUUAUCCGUCAGUUCUGGCGGCGGCGCUACCCGCUCCUCCCGCCUGCGCCUCUUCUUAUUUCCGUCUAAGCCGGAUACAUCGCCGACUUCCUCGAUCGGUUCGUUGCUGGAUGAUUCCAAGUCGGAGACUUGGUUCGUGGAUGCGCUCAAUAGCGCCAUGGGCGGGAUGGGAAUCGACGGGAUCCCUCGGGGCCUGUCCUCCGACUCUGCCUCCGUGAACUGUCUCCUCGGGCUUGAGGACGAUUCAUCCGUUCACUCACGCGGCGGCGGUACUGCAACCGCUCCCUCAGGGCUUGGUCUGGGUGCCCCUCAGUCGGAACGUGCCGAGCAGCUCGUCCUACCCCACCCGGACUCAUCGCGCAAGCUCGCUCGCCAAGGCCAGGACGUCCACUCGGUGCCGGACUCGCCGAUUCUCGACACGUCUUCCUCCUUUGGAUCCGCCUCCUCCGUUCCGUCUCUCUCCAACCUCCCUCCUAUCCGAGUCCGCCCUGACGACCGCCCUUCCGAUCGGCGAAUCGCCGGGCUCGAUGAGCACCUCGCCCACAUGAACCUGUCGUCCACCGCCAAAGCCAGCAGGGACGGGCAAAGGAUGGAUGACGAUUUCAAGGAACAAUCGGGCGUCACUCAGCCCCAAGCCCCACCGCCGAUCCCCCUCUCUGCUUCAUCAUCCGUCAUGUACAUCUCCCCUUCCGAAAACCCUAGCAGAUCUUUCUCCUCCGACGACGAGAAGUCCGAUCAUGGUGGCUUCCGGAAACCGGCGGUGCAGCCUCCAAAUCCAGCCCAGAUCGAAGCUUCCAUGCCCGAUUUAGGCUCUAGAACAACAUACUCAAAUGUCAUCUCCGAUCCAAAACGACAACUCCCAGUCCCAUCGGUUGCUGCCACAGAUUCUACCAGCUACCAAUUGCAAUUGCCCUUGGUGCAGCCGGAGCAAUUUCAAGAGCAACACCUCCAUCCUCAACUUCGUCAGCAGCAGCAGCAGCCGCCGCCGCCGCAGCAACAACAACAAUAUAUCCCUACAAAUUCUUAUUACAUCCAAGACCCUUCCACCGGUGGUGUAAUCCCUGCCCCUUCUUACUUUCCUGUUGCAACCCAAACAAUCCAACAAUCACCACAAGCUCACAUCCCCAUGUAUUACUAUCCCGUUCGCCCAAGUCCGGCAUACAACUUAGGGGGAUUGCAGCCCGCUCCAGGGGACACCAAUUCAGUACCUUCCAUGGGUGCCAUGCCUGUCCCUAGAGUCGCCGUGAAGCCUGAUGUGCCAGCAAAUUUAUAUCGAACUGCAGUCCCACCACCUUCUGCCACAGUGCAACCGCCACCGCCGCCUUUGAUCCACAUCGGUGCCGACCAAGCCCACCCAUAUGUAGCCGGAAUGGGGUAUCAUGUGGUGCAGCAGCACCAUCUUUCCCAGUCCCCUGCAACAAUAGCUAACUAUGGGUAUCAAUUUGCUACUACUGAUAAUACCCGUCCUCAAAUGUACUACUCUCAGGCCACUCCAUCAAUUGCUUCUCAUGGCCAACCUGUGAAUUCUGUGGCUCCAGCUGAUCCAAAGUCAUCAUGAACUUGAUCAAAAAGAAGAAAUCUGAGGUGAAUUAUAGUAAACCCCUGUGCUUAGAUAGUCUAGUUACUUCUGCGUUCUGUAGAUGUAGCUAAAUAAGUCUAUUAGCAUAUCGUCGAUGAUGUUCCUAUGCUAUUUGAAUAAGUGAAAGAUUUAGAACAGAUCCUUGUUCUUGGGUCAUCUAUGUCAUGAGUCAGUGGGUCUAGAGUUACAAUAAACUGUGUAUCAUCUUUGUUAUUCUCAUCUAUCUCGAGUCCUUGUUUUAUGAUGAUCUUGUUUUUCA